GUUGUGACAUGAGUUGUAUUCUGUUGAUGAUAAUUCGUGAUUAACCACGCGUUUUAAAGUAGACUGUGUGAUGUCUUUCAAAAUCGAUAUUCACAAUCAUAUAUUACCCGAGAGAUGGCCAGAUCUGAAGGAGCGAUAUGGUUAUGGAGGAUGGAUACAACUUCAUCAUCAUUGUGAGGGAAAAGCAAAGAUGAUGAAAGAUGGGAAUCUUUUUCGUGUGAUAGAUGAGAAUUGUUGGUCACCAGAGGCAAGAAUCAGAGAUAUGGAUGCAACAGGUGUUACAGUUCAAGCCCUUUCAACUGUUCCAGUUAUGUUCAGUUAUUGGGCCAAGCCAGAAGAUACUUUAGAUUUAUGUCGUAUAAUGAAUGAUGACCUUGCAAAAACUGUGAAGAAAUAUCCCAAAAGAUUUGCACCAGAUCUUGCAGUACAGGAGCUAACCAGAUGUGUAAAGGAACUUGGUUUUCCUGGAGUGGAAAUUGGUUCUCAUAUAAAUGAUUGGAAUCUUGAUGCCCCAGAGCUGCAGCCAGUAUUUGCUGCUGCAGAGGAGUUGGGUUGUGCAAUUUUUGUUCACCCUUGGGAUAUGGAAUUAAAAGGAAGGAUGUCCAAGUACUGGCUGCCAUGGCUUGUUGGAAUGCCAGGUGAAACUGCUCAAGCAAUCUGCUGUAUGAUAUUUGGUGGAGUUCUAGAAAGACAUCCAAACCUAAAAGUGUGUUUUGCUCAUGGAGGUGGGGCAUUUCCUUUCACCAUUGGUCGUAUUGAACAUGGCUUCAAUGUCAGACCAGAUCUCUGUGCUGUUGAGAAUCCAGUCAACCCAAGGAAGUACAUUGGACAAAUUUUUACAGAUAGUCUUGUUCAUGAUGAGAAAGCUCUCAAAUUUCUAGUUGACAUUAUUGGAGAGGAGAACGUUCUUUUAGGGAGUGACUACCCCUUCCCUCUUGGUGAACAUCACCCAGGCAAACUAAUUGAAGAGGUGUACAAAGACAACACAGAACUCAGGGACAAGCUCUUAGCUGGCAAUGCCUUGAAGUUUUUAGGAUUACAGAGAUCUCAAUUCAAUGACUAAGCUACAGACAGUUAAAAGCUUGUGACUAGUGGGGUACUUGGUCCUGCACUAAAUUUCAGCACAGAUCAAAAACUCAGAAGGGUAGCUUCAGUAGGGAAGAAUAAGUUAAAUACCGUUGGUAUAGGAACAAAA